CAAAUACAGACACUAAACUUAUUAAGUUUCCAUAUCAUUUUCUCUCUAUAUAAACCUCCCUUCUCCGCCAAAUCCAACUCAACAAAACUCUCAUCUUUCUCAUGGCUCCACCAAGCUUAACCAAAAACGCCAUAAACAUAAUCCCCAGCUUGCUAGACACUCCCUCAUCCAAUCUCUCAAUAACCUUAAAAGGCUCGGAAUUUCUUGCCAAUGGCCACCCAAUUCUCACCCAUGUCCCUUCAAACAUCAUCUCCACUCCUUCCCCCUUCAAAACAAACAACUCCCUCGGCUGUUUUGUUGGGUUCGAUGCUAAUGAGCCCAGAAGCUCCCACUUAGCUCCCAUUGGCAACCUCACAGAUAUCAAAUUCUCAAGUCUCUUCAGAUUCAAAGUCUGGUGGACCACCCACUGGGCCGGCACUUGCGGCCGUGACAUCCAACACGAGACACAGAUCAUGAUCCUCGACACAAAUCAUCACGGCCGUCCGUUUGUCCUCUUACUUCCCAUCUUAGAAGGAGCCUUCAGAUGUUCCUUACGUCCUGGCGAUGACCAUGAUGACAGCGUGGCGAUGUGGGUCGAAAGUGGGUCCACCACUGUCCAAGCGUCUCGGUUUAGAAGCUGCUUGUACAUGCAAGUCGGCGAAGAUCCAUACACUUUGGUCAAAGAAGCAAUGGAGGUGGUCAAACUCCAUUUGGGGACGUUUAAACUUCUACAAGACAAAACCCCACCUCCCAUUGUGGAUAAAUUCGGGUGGUGUACAUGGGAUGCAUUCUAUCUUAAGGUGAACCCUCAGGGGAUUAGGACAGGUGUCAAGUGUUUAGUGGAUGGUGGCUGUCCACCGGGGAUGAUUCUGAUUGAUGAUGGGUGGCAAUCUAUUGCUCAUGAUGCUGAUUCUAUCACAGAUCAUCAUCAGGAAGCCAUGGAUCUAACGGCAGCAGGGGAACAGAUGCCUUGCAGGCUAAUCAAAUUUGAAGAGAAUUAUAAGUUCAGAGACUACGAAAGUCCUGGUAAGGGCUUUGAUGUAGGGAUGGGUGGCUUUGUGAGGGACUUAAAGGAAGAGUUUAGGACCAUUGAGCAUGUGUAUGUGUGGCAUGCGCUUUGUGGGUAUUGGGGAGGGAUUAGGCCUAAUGUCCCUGGAAUGCCCCUGUCAAGGGUCAUUACUCCUAAGCUGUCACAGGGGUUAGAGAAGACAAUGGAGGAUUUGGCUGUGGACAAGAUUGUCAAUAAUGGGAUUGGAUUGGUCCCGCCUGAACUGGCUCACAAAAUGUACGAUGGACUUCAUUCCCACCUCCAGUCGGCGGGUAUCGACGGCGUUAAGGUUGAUGUUAUUCAUUUGCUUGAAAUGCUAUCAGAGGAAUUUGGAGGUCGAAUCGAGCUGGCUAAAGCUUAUUACAAGGCACUCACUUCGUCUAUCAAGAAACAUUUACAAGGAAAUGGGGUUAUUGCUAGCAUGGAGCAUUGCAAUGACUUCAUGUACCUUGGAACAGAGGCCAUAGCACUUGGACGUGUUGGAGAUGAUUUCUGGACAGUGGAUCCUUCUGGAGAUCCAUAUUGGCUACAAGGAUGUCACAUGGUACAUUGUGCCUACAAUAGCUUGUGGAUGGGCAAUAUAAUUCACCCAGAUUGGGACAUGUUCCAAUCCAUGCACCCUUGUGCUGAAUUCCACGCAGCUUCAAGGGCCAUCUCCGGUGGACCAAUCUAUGUAAGUGACUCAGUCGGUAAGCAUAACUUCAAGUUACUCAAAAGGUUAGUUUUGCCUGAUGGGUCAAUUCUGCGAUGCCAACACUAUGCACUUCCUACCAGAGACUGUCUGUUUGAAGACCCUCUUCACGAUGGCAAAACCAUGCUAAAAAUUUGGAACCUCAAUAAAUUCACAGGCGCAUUGGGUUUGUUUAAUUGCCAAGGAGGAGGGUGGUGUCCCAAGACAAGGAAAAACAGAAGGACAUCCGAGUACGCACGCACACUAACCUGCGUCGCUGGUCCAAAAGAUAUUGAGUGGAACAAUGGGGAAAAUCCCAUUUCUCUGAAGGGAGUGAACUUGUUUGCUAUAUACAUGGUUCGAGACGAGAAACUAAAGCUAUUGAAGACAUCAGAGAAUUUAGAAUUUACCAUUGCCCCAUUAAAUUACGAACUGCUUGUAGUUUCCCCUGUCACAAUUUUAUCGAAACCAAACAUGGAAUUUGCUCCAAUUGGAUUGGUGAACAUGCUGAAUUGUGGGGGUGCGAUACAAUCACUAGAAAUUGAUGAAAAUGAAGGUUUGGUAACAGCCGGGGUAAAGGGUUGCGGAGAGAUGAGAGUGUUCGCUUCGAAGGAGCCGAGAAACUGCAAGAUCGACGGAAAAGAUGUAGAGUUUGAAUAUGAUGAUGAUGAUAAAAUGGUGAAGAUUCAAGUCCCAUGGCCGAGCUCUUCGAGAUUGUCCAUAAUUGAGUAUCGGUUUUGAGGUUCGGUGAACUCUGUUCUUCGAAAACUUCGUUUGCGAAUUGCGGUCGUCGAGUAUCGAUCCAGUUUCACACUCUUUAUAAAAGAGCGACGCGCUAAUCAAUAUGCAAUGAAGUUAAAAAUUUAAGAAAUAUAUAAAUAUAUAAAAUCCCGGGUGCUGCGUGUUUUUACUUUUUGUUAA